AGGUCUGGUCCCGGGCCAAAGUUUACCCUGGGGGCUUCCCUGCGCUGCUCCGCCCCUCCCCCCUGGGCGUCUGCGUUAGUCAGAGAGAAGGGGCCUGGCUGGGAUGGCGGUUCUUUCUCACCCUCGAAGACCCUCCCUCCCAACCCAUCUCCAGGUGAACACUGGCAAACUUGUUGAAUCUCCUUAGGAAGGUCCACCAUGAGUGAGAAGUGGGACUCAAACUCUUCAGAAAGCCAGAAUCCCAUCUGGAAUGGCAAUGACACACAGCAUCACUGGUACUCAGAUAUGAACAUCACAUAUGUGAACUACUAUCUCCACCAGCCCCAAGUGGCAGCUGUCUUCAUUAGCUCCUACUCCCUGAUCUUUUUCUUGUGCAUGGUGGGAAAUACUGUCGUUUGCUUUAUUGUAAUAAGGAAUAGACACAUGCACACAGUCACUAAUUUCUUCAUCUUAAAUCUUGCAAUAAGUGAUUUACUGGUUGGAAUAUUCUGUAUGCCUAUCACGUUGCUGGACAACAUCAUAGCAGGAUGGCCAUUUGGAAGCAGCAUGUGCAAGAUCAGUGGGCUGGUGCAAGGGGUUUCAGUCGCGGCCUCCGUCUUCACUUUGGUUGCAAUAGCUGUGGACAGAUUCCGGUGUGUGGUCUACCCCUUUAAGCCAAAGCUCACUUUCAAGACAGCCUUUGUCACGAUUGUGAUCAUCUGGGGCCUGGCCAUCACCAUUAUGACUCCAUCUGCAAUAAUGUUACAUGUACAAGAAGAAAAAUACUACCGUGUUAGACUCAGCUCCCACAAUAAAACGGGCACAGUCUACUGGUGUCGGGAGGACUGGCCUAGACAGGAAAUGAGGAGGAUCUAUACCACGGUGCUAUUUGCCACCAUCUAUCUGGCUCCACUCUCCCUCAUUGUUAUCAUGUAUGCAAGGAUUGGGGCUUCCCUCUUCAAGACGUCAGUGCACUGCACAGGUAAGCAGCGUCCAGAACAGUGGCAUGUAUCCAAGAAGAAACAGAAGGUCAUCAAGAUGCUGCUGAUCGUGGCCCUCCUUUUCAUCCUUUCCUGGCUUCCCUUGUGGACCUUGAUGAUGCUGUCAGACUAUGCUGAUCUGUCUCCUAAUAAACUGCGUAUCAUCAACAUCUACGUCUACCCUUUCGCCCACUGGCUCGCCUUCUGCAACAGCAGUGUCAACCCCAUCAUUUAUGGAUUCUUUAAUGAAAAUUUUCGCAAUGGUUUCCAAGAUGCUUUCCAGGUCUGCCAAAAGAAAGCUAACUCCCAGGAAACCUACGCCCUGAGAGCUAAAUGCAACAUAGUCAUAAACACAUCUGGCCUGCUGGUCCAGGAACCGGCAUCUCAAAUCCCAGGUGGGGAAAAUUUGGGAUGUGGAAAAAGUGCAGACAAUCCCACACAAGAAUCCUUGAUGGAGGAAAUGGGAGAAGCUACUAACAGUACUGAGGCUUAAAAAGAUGGUGUGGACCCUAGUUCUGCCUGAUGUCAUAUAGCAUUAAAUAUUGUUGCUUGUUGUGGCUUUUCAUUUCUUGUAUUCUGAUGAAAACGUUUACUGAAAGCCUUCUUUGUCAAAAAUAAAAGUAGGAAAGUGGUCUUUCUAACCAGGCUUAUGGUACAUGAAAUAUUCAGAAACUUUCAUGUUUGCCUGAAGUGUUUCAAAAGUCUGACCAUUCCCAUUUUAACCAUUCAUUUUAUAUGAGUCAAGUAAACCAAGCAUGUGUGUUUGUUUUUGUAAGUCUGUCAUCUUAUCUGUCUGUCUCUCUAUCCAUCCACCUUUCCUCCUGUUAUCCAUCCUCUGCCUAUCUAGAACAGUGGUUCUUAACUUGUUUGGAGAUCAAACGAUCCAUUCACAGGAGUCACCUAAGACCAUCAGAAAAUGCAGAUAUUUACAUUACACUCAUUACAGGAGAAAAAUUACAGUUAUGAAGUUUGAAAUGAAAAUGAUUCAAUGGUUGGGGGGUCACCACAACAUGAGGAGCUAUACUAAAGGGUCGCAGCAUUAGCAAGUUAGAAACCACUGAUUCAGAAGGACACAUAUCUCCCUAGAUUGUGCUGGCUAUACUUUGCAUGGAAGUACAUUUUGUCAAUUAUAAUUGAUUUUGUAUUUGAAAAUAAUGUGCUCUGCUUUUGAAAUGGGCUAGCCUUUGAAGGAAAGUGUUGUGUUACCUGAAGUCUUUGCUACUGAUUUCUCGUUCCUGUUGAUUAAUCUUGAUUACUCUUAAAGCAUGAUGCUAGAAGCCCAUCAGUAAUGAUGUCCCUAGCUACUUCACUUUGUGUGAUAGAACCACAGUACCACGGAAAGGAAACUGUAUUUCUUACAAUUUAAAAGGUUUUUUUUCUUUGAAAACAAUAAAGUUAGAGAAAUCAUAAUACUCAAUAGAAGUUGCUGCUAGGGCUAGAGAGAUGGUUCAGUAGUCGAGCCCAUUCGUGGCUCUUGAUGACUGACUACCAUUACCCACCUCGUGGUGGUUCACAACUAUCCAUUACCUAAAUUCCAGGGUAUCUAAACCCUUUGCUAAUUUCUCCAGGUACCAGGCACAGAUGUGGGGCAGAUAUACCCACACGGGCAAACAUAUUAUAAACAUAAAUAUUAAAUACAUCUAAGAAAGUUCUUAAAUGACUGUUGGCUUCUCAAUAUUUUCAUUUUAACAGAAUGUCCAAGCAAAAGACAAAAUUCUUACAUACUGCAGCAGGUGGCAGGGAACACCACUUCCCUCUCUUCCUCUUCUCUUUUAAAAAGGGACAUCAGAGCUGGCAGCUGUUAUCCUAAGAGUUCCCUGGCAUAUAGACAGAGCAAGGACUCUUUUUUCAAACUUCCUACUGGAACCAAUAUUUGAAAAUGUCACACACAGAUUAAUAGGUUAGCAUUAAGGUAUAAGAUUUGAUAACUCCCUAUUACCACCAUGCAGGGUGUAAUAACUUCAAGUGGUAAGCUCAUCUGGGGUAAGAUAGGCUCCCAGGAAGUAGGGCGUUACAACAAAACAAUUUGCUUGGCAAAUGAAAAUAAAUUCUGGAUAUUGAAAUAGCAUGUCCUACAGUCAUUGGUGUAGUUCAAGUUGAAAGGUUUCCAACAGUCUGGCAAGAGUUAAUUAUUGAAGUUUGAUCUGAACUGAGUUAUGGUGUGUGCCUUCCUGCCAUCAGGGUGGCCAAUCCUUUAAACAUUUAGGUUAGGAAUUUCACCCUUUCUUCUUGGUUUAUUAAAAUUCUGCUUAUGGUUAGUGAAACUGAACAUUACAAAUGAUUUACUAGGGACUAUGCCUUGCUCAUUGCGACCUGGAUGGACAUUUGGCUGGCUAGUCCUCAGAACACUUGCAAAGCCCUCACUCCCACCUUCCUGUAUGUCUGCAGCUAUAUUUCCUCACUGGCUUUUCCUUAACAGUUGUGGUGCUCACUGCUGUUAACUCUGUGUCCUGCUGAGGAUUUGCGCUUUCAGCUCUUUUGACAGUUGGCAGGAUCAUCUUCUUUAUGUAGAUAGCUAAUUUGUUCUUCACUCUAAAAUGCAUUUGGACACUCCUUUAAACAUGUACAGGCCCCAGGCUAUCCCAGGCCUGACCCUCAUCUACUUUCUAUAUCUCUGACAGAAUAUUUUAUAAACUUUUAUCAAACUUAGGUGUUUAGCCUAGAUUGUUGUGUGCUUUUUAUUUUCUAUUUUUUUUUGUUUCAACUUCCUGAGUUACCAUUCUUUAACAUCUGCCCAAAGAGCCCCCCUCAAGAAGUCUACCUGCAUUCUUAGUGCAAGAAACUUCAUCCUUAUUCCAGCUUAUUGGUGAUGUCCAGAUAAGAGUAUAUGGGAGCAGCAAAGGUGAGGACACUAAAAUAUCCAAACCUUAGUACUAUUUGGAUUAUGGAAUCAUGGCAGGGUAUGAUCACAUCUGCCAGGGUAAGACUUCAGGCAAAUAUAUUUUGUAUAGAUACAUUUUUUUUUGCAUUUGCAAGGCUUUAAUCACAAUGAAUUGCUAUGAAUUUGCUAUUUUGUGAAUAUCAAGUGAUGGGAGAGACAAGCUUGUAAAAUAAAAAGCAGAGUAGUUAUUACUUGCUAUGUGGAAACCAUUGCUAUUUUGAUUGUAGUUAUAAUAAUAUAACAUAAUAGUACAAUAUUCUUAAUAUCAUGUAAAACAAUUUUCAAAAUAUACUUUAAGCCUCACAAGGUACUCUGAGGUCUAUGGUGUUUUCAUUUUUCAGAAGGCAGCAAUGAGUUCUGGUUCUGCCAAAUUCUUUUUUUUAAAAUAUGUUAUGCUUGAAUGUCUGUAGGAGGGUCAUGAUGCAUGUAUGUAGUGCCUUCAUGGAGACCUGAAAAGGUUGUCGCAUACCCUGAAGUUCCAAUUAAUACCUGGUUACAAACCACCUAAUGUAGAUGAUGGGACCCAAACUCAGGUUCACUGGAAAAGCAGAAAGCUCCCUUAACUACUGAACUAUCUUUACAGUCCAUGUUCCUAAAAUCUCAAAAAAAAAAAAAAAGGUGGGAAGUCAGUAGAUAUAAUUCAAAAAAAAUUUUAACAUUUUUCCCCAAUGUUAACUCAUCCUGUGUUACUGUGAGUUUGUUUUGAACUCAUUAUUAACUCCUUUUUAAAUAGCUAUUCUUUUGAUUGUACAAUAAACAGCUUUUAUUUGUGGAAUUCUGGAGAAUUACAGGUGGUAAACAGAACAGAAUAAGUUACAUAUGUCUUUCCUUUCAUAAAGGAAAACCACUGGUUUAAAGAUUUAUUUUAACCAGCCCCAGGCUCAGCAUGUCCAUCAGCAGAGGACUCACCCUUGAGGAAUGAUGAGGUGAGCAAUUAUAAUAGAGGAAGUGAUGAGACAGACACCCUUGAAAUACUUAUGGCUUUUACUAUACUUUUGUCAUGACGGAAUCUGUUCACAGCCCGCACUCUAUCAUAGCACUCAGAGCAGCCUCCGUAGAUACUCAGCUGUUUUCCUCAACUUCUUACUCUAAGAAGUGAGAGCACAUUUGAAUUCACUGCUUUACUUACAAGCCAGUACACUUGACCAUUUCUCUUUGUUUCUAAUUUAUAUUUCUUCUUCUGACUUUUUGACUCACUUUCUACAGUUAGUUUUGUCUAUUUAUUCUUCUUACCUUUUGUGUUUUAGCUAUAUCAGUCCACAAUAGCAGGAAGAAUUUUAUUUAUUUUUUUUAAGACAGGAUCACUUCAUGACAGCAGAAACAUCACAGUUUGCUUUUUAAUAUUGUUGAUAAUUUUAACUUGGAAAAGACCCAAGUGUUUAAAAACACUUACAUGUCUUUACUUUUUCUGUCCUUACCAACUUCUUGACCUCCUCUGGAAACCAUUGCGCUGCUGUGGAAACCACCCUGGCUGCCUGGCUGCCUGACUGCCUGGCUGCCUGGCUGCCUGACUGCCUGGCUAGCUCCUCUCUCCCCAUUGCUCUGGCUGCCUGGCUAGCUCUUCUCUCCCCAUUGCUCUGGCUGCCUGGCUAGCUCCUCUCUCUGGAGUCCUCUGUGGUUUCUGGUUUCCUCACCUGCCUAUUAUACUCAUCCCAUUUCCCUUCAUAUCCUGGCUCCUCUUCCUUACAGGUCUCAGCUCAAAUCUCUCCUGCUUAUUUCCCCCAUUGUAAAUCUCAUUAUCUCUAAUUGUCUUGAACUUUCACCUCUAAACUUGUGUAAUAUCUCUACAUUCUACCAGGCAGUAAAUGUAAGUCUAAGAUUUUUAUCUCAUACCUCAUUUUAUUUCUGGUCCUUAAGAGAGCAUUUGGCCUACCAUAGAUGCAUGAUAAAUAUUUGUUGAGAAAUAAAUUGAACAGUUAUAAAUACCUUAUGUUUUUUGUUUAUUAAUUAUGAACAAGCCAUAUUUUCUUUUCCAUUGUUGAAAGAAAUCCAGAAUGCAAUAGAAGUAUUAGGUAAUCCUGAAAUGCAAAUUAAGUAAAAUGAAAGUCAUUCCUUAUGAUAUUUUCAUGUCGCAGUUACUGUUCUGUCACUUUGGGGCAUGUUCAUGCUUUCAUUAAUAAGGAUAUGAUUCUAUGACAUGUUUUAUACCUGUUUUAUUAGUUAAAUAUAUCAUAGAUAUGUUUCUAUGUUGUUUGAGUUUCCCAAAUACUUUAUUAAUUUCAAUGUCAUUCCAUUAGGUACUAAGUGUCUCUGUAGCUGGAAAUGUCACCAAAGUCUUAAUUUGUAAAGUGUGUGAUUAUGUAAAAAUCUCAUAACAAUGAGAAUAUUGCAGAAACUCAGAAUAGAUCUAGGAGAAAUGAAAUUGCUUAGCUAAAAUGCAUUUCUUUUUGUUUUAAUGUUCAUUAUAAAAUACCAUCUCAUUUUUUUAGAAACACAUUAUAUUCAUCUGUGGUAUAAGACAGUUUGUUCACAUAUGCUCUCAAAUAUUGUAUUUUCUAGAAAACGUUUCUUUCUAAUCAAUUUGGUAAGAAUGUAUUAUGCAUAUGGUAUCAUGCAUAUGGUUUGAGUAGUUAAUGUUUCCCACAGGCUCAUAGGUUUGAAUACUUGGUCCCAUAAAGCAUGAUGUCCUGUUAAGUUUAGAGAGUUUUGAGACUAUAGGCUAUGUAGCAGAAGUAGGUCGCUGGGAAGAAAGCUUGAGGAUGGUAUCCAUUUCUGCUUCUUGUCCCAUGCUCUCUGCUGCUUGACCCAACAAGGUGUCAACAAACACUGCAGCAAGGACCUGCUACUGUGGAGUAAGCAUUUCUCGGCGUCAUGUCUUUCCUACCACGAUGAAUUUUAACCUUUGGAACUGUGAGCCCAAAUAAGCCUUUUUUAUCUUAAGGCGCUCUAUGAGGUACUUUAAUCACAAUGAUGACAAAGGCACCUGAUAUACAAAAUGGUACUGAGAAGUGGGGUAAUUUCUAUGAUAAAUGUGCCUGUGUGGUUUUAAGCCUUUGGAACUGGUAUGUGAAAGGAGUAUGAAACAGCUUGAAGCUUGCCAUGUCUUGUAUAGCUUAGAUCCUGGAAUUCUGACUACAGAUAUGGAGGGAAGGAAGACAGGAUAGACAUAUAAAUACAGGCACAGUAAAGCCAGGCUCAGGUGGGCUUCUCUAACAGCUGCAACCUGGAACCUCAACAUGAGGUUGACUAGUCUUGGUAGGAGAGACUGUAGGCAAGCAAUCUCUGGCUGCAAACAGAGGAAGCUGCAGCUAACAGUUUUUGAACACCCUGAUCAGUUGUUCAUAGAAAUUCAGACUCCCAAGGAGAACCUUAUUACCCCUCAUAAGCCUACCCCAUAUAAAGAAUUGUCUGGCUUUGCCAAAUGUCUCGCGGGUUUGAGCACUGGAGUCCUGAAAAGGGCAAUGCCGACAACAAAUAUACACUCAUGCAGGACUUCACACACCCACGGCUUCCUCUGCUCCCUACAGAAGCUAUGGACUAGAAUGUUGAGAGCAGAGUUUAAGAGGGUCAUUUUGAUGGAAGUUUGAAGACCGGAAUACUGAGGGAAACACAGACUGUGACUAAGAGGUUUUAGAGAGAAAUAGGACUGUAUUGGGAACUCUGCUAGAGGACAUUAGUGUUACAUUAUGCCCAUUAAUGUGGCUCCUUUCUGUGCACACCCUCAAAAUAACCCUCAAGCCCUGGUAUAGUUGUUUUGCAGUGCUAUUAGCCAUGUGUUUGGUGAGAAUCUAGCCCAGAAAGCAGAACAGAAUGAUGUGGGAAAGGAACAUUUGAUAAAUGGAGAAUGUGCAUACUAAAUUUGGAAAGCUGGAGCAGGCAUAUUGCCAUGGGGUCAGGCUCAUUAUUGGCUACAUAGUAAGCUCCAGGCCACCUAAGCUACAGAGGGAGGGUUCAUCUCAAAUCAAUAAACAAAUGAAGUCAAGCUGUGGGCAAAGUAGAUACAGAGAAAUAUCUAUGGGUAUUCAAGAGUUUAGUGUCGCUACUGAGAAACUGCGCCUUUCAAAUGAAGAUAAUAGCAUGACUUGAGAACAAGACUCCACCUGUGGGAAGCUCCAGCCUACACAAAUGAAAACCCAUUUAAAAUACAUUCAUUUUAAAAGAAAGUGGCACUGCAGAGUAUGCUGCUUCGACAAGUCGACCAAUAAGAAAUGAGUUUUCAAGUCAUUCAACUAGGCAUUCAGAGGCCACUGUAGCUGUGUUGGAGGAGGGGAAGGUAAAUCUCAAGCAGGCAGAAGAAGCUAGAUUCCAAGGUCACACCUUCUAAUCCUUCCAAACAGUUCAUCAACUGGGGACUAAGUGGGCAAAUGUGCCUGUGAGGCACAUUCCCAUUCCAAUGACCACAGCAAGAACGUGUGUUUCUCUGGCGCUUCCAGAAAGGAAAAGAGCCUUAUAAAUUCCUUGGAUUUAGCCCAGUCAAAUCUUUGCUGGAUUUAAAACCUACAGGUUAGUAAAAUUAUGCAUUUAUUAAGCCACUAAACUAGUGGAAAGUUGUUAAUGUCUACAAUAGCAAUACUAUCAAUUCUAUGUGGAAGGAAACAGAAGGAAAUGACCACCAUAGUAGAGACAAGUAUAUGUAUUACUUUGAAACAUGGAUACAUGGCCAUAAAAAGUUAGUUGAUUAAAAAAACAAAUCUGGUUGUAAGAAGCGCUACUCCUAAAGGCUCAGAAGGAAAUAAAGAACUGUUACAGUUAAUUGGAGGAAAGAAGAUCUUUGGUACAGUUUGGCAGGAUUGUAUCCUGUUUUGAGAAACACAUUAACAAUGAACUUGGCCAUUCAACAGAGGGCUUUUGCAGUUACUGAGAACUGAAGGUUUUAGCUGGUGCUAGCCAGUGGGCAGAGGGUAUUUUUGAGAACUGUGUUAUUAGUAAACUUGAUGGUUUGUAUGUUCUUCAUGUAAAAUUCUAAAGUAAAGAGAUCAGUUAAGAAAAGGAACUGUCAAAAGGUUAACAACGAUAAAAAGAUAGCAUGAUGAUUUGGGAAAUUCGGAGGCUGUACAAAUCACAAAUUCAGGACUUGCCCUUCAUUGCUAGCUACUUGGUUGCAUAAAUGACCCAAACUCUCCAUAAAAUCAAAGGUUCACUGCUUGUUACCAGCUGCAUGGCUAUGGGUGAGGGAAUCAGUCUCCCCAUCAAAUUCAAGAUUGUGUGGUUGUUGACAACUGCAUAAUUGUGUAAGGAACUCACUCUCUCCAUCAAAUUCAGGAUAUAUUGUUCAUUGCUAGCUGCAUGGUUAUGUGUGAGAGGAUUAGCCUCUCGAAGCAUCAGUGUGCUCAUCUGUGCAGGUAUAAGAGCAUGUGUUCACAGAUGGCGCCUAUGCCAUAAAGCACUGGACAGUGUUGACAUGUCAGUACUUUGCCUCACAUACCUUAUAUUUUGGUAGGACAAGUCUAUUUUUCCAAAUCAAUUUCAAAAUGAUACUCUAAUAUACUUAUUGUACCUUGGAUAAAAAAAUUGUGCUACAUGAUUAUGAAUUAGAAUGAAUAUAAAUAAAAAUACUUUCCAAAUAAAAAUCUCUUGUUUUCUA